UGUUAUAAAUACUUGUUUCUUCCUCUGUAUAUAAACCAAGUAAGAAGCUAGAGCUUUCACAAAACAUCAAGAUGCUUGAAAGAGAAAUUGCACUUGAAGCUUUGGGAUUCCUCUGCAAUGCCACAGUUACCUCUGUUCAACAACAGAACCUCACUGGACAGCUGAACCCUGAUGAUGUUGGAGGAGCACAGCUGCUCACCAUCUUCGAUGAAAAACCUGUCCACGUCAGUCUCGAAGAUUUAAGUGAGGAUAAAAAAACAGGAAAGCUUCGAAUUCAUCUCACUGUCGACGAGGAGAAAUUAUUUGAGCCCAGAUUCGACUAUGAUUUCAGCCACUUGAAAGACACGGAGACACCUUAUACGAGAGGUGGAGAGGAGUAUAAACGCCCCUGUGGUUGGUACCGGUUUGGCCUCAAGGUCCAGGGUAAGUACGGUGACGACACCUGGCUGGGAACCGGAAACAGUAGAACUGGGUCCUGUCCAGGAGAGUGGCCUGUGUCCUACCACGGGACAUCAGCAGCAGGUGCUGACGGCAUCAUCAAAGAGUGCUACAAGGCAGGUGAUCGACAGGUGUACGGCAGGGGGGUUUAUUCUACUCCUGACGUCUCUGUGGCGGAGGGAUUUCUCAAAACAUUCACCUCCAAGAAUGGCAAGACGUACAAAGUGAUUCUGCAGAAUCGAAUCAACCCCCAGUACAGACAGAAACACUGCAACAGCCUUUUCUGGCUGAUUCCCAUCCCCAAAGGAACACCAGAAGCAGAGGAGAAGAUGAUGGUGGAGAGGGCCGUCCGUCCUUAUGGCCUCCUGCUGCAAGAGGUCAAUUAUAGUCCAAACAAACCUGUGAAAAAAAAGUGCAACGUAAUCUGAGGCUGUCAAAUGUAAUUGGAGAUGAAAAUGGCCAUAAGCUACAAUACAUGAAAUUAAGUUUUAAAGUGAUUUGGUAUCAAUGUCUCUCCACAAUAAAGAGAUCACAGUGAGUGAAUGUUUACAGACAUUAUAUUUUGAUUGUUUACUUUUAUUCUCAACAAAACUGGUUCAUUUGAAUUCAGAUGAGACAAUAAUCAACGUUAGAAUCAAAGUUUAACACAGUCACCGUCUCAGUGGAGGGUGUGAACUAAACUUUGCUUUGGUGCUGAAGAUCGAUCGAUCACCUCCUCUUCUAAAAAACAACUGUACAACUACAGGAAACUGUGCAAAGUUCAGAUCACUGUGAAUGAAAAUGUGCUGCACACUAACAGAUAAAUGAAACUUUUGACUUCAGAUAAGAUCAUUGAUGCUGAUUUUAGCAGAAAGUUUAUUCAGUUUUUUUGCAGCCUUGUUACCUUGUUGUUUCACAGUAUUACUGCUGUGUUCAUCCUGCUGAAACUCAUAUCAACAACCAGCUCAGGUGCUUUUGUUACUGCUUACUGCUUUUGCACUGUGACAACAAAUGGAAAAACACAUUAAAGCCCAGUGAAGAAAAUUGUUAA